AUGCCUUCAACGCCAUCCGACACGGUGGCCUUCAUUGGUCUCGGGGUGAUGGGAUAUCCCAUGGCCAAGAACCUCCGAGCAGGACUGGGCCGUGACAAGAAACUGCUCGUCUGCGACGUUAACAAUGACGCUCUCCAUCGCUUCAAGGCCGAGACGGAGGGACAGGGACCGGUGGAGAUAGUCAACAACGGCUUCGAAGCAGCCAAGGAAGCAGACGUGGUUAUCACGAUGCUCCCGGGAUCAGAAGCCGUCAAGACGGUCUACCUGGACCCUCAAACCGGCAUUCUCGCGGGAGUGGCGGCAUCAGCAGCAGCACAAGAUGCCUCCUCGGCUCCGCCUCCAGGACACAAACUGAUCAUGGAGUGCGGCACCAUCGAGAGCGACACCGUUCUCUCCGUAGCCAAAGCCGCCCAAGAAGUGCACGGCGUCACCUUCGUCGACGCGCCCGUGUCCGGGGGCCCGAUGGGCGCCGAGAAGGCCACGCUGACAUUCAUGGUGGGCUGCCCGCCGUCUGCGUCUGCUACAGUCUUCCCGCUCGUCCGGGCCCACCUCCGACAUAUGGGCAACGCCGAGGGCAUCUUCCUGUGUGGUGAUGUGGGCGCUGGCACCGCUUUCAAGAUCAUAAACAACUACCUAAGCGCAAUCACCUCCCUGGCAGCCGCCGAAGCGCUCAACAUCGGCGUGAAGGCAGGGCUCGACCCCAGACUGCUAACCGACGUCAUCAACGUCAGCGGCGGGCAGUGCUGGGUCACCAGCAAGGCGAACCCGGUGCCGGGGGUGCAGCCGGACGUGCCCAGCAGCAGGGGCUACGAGGGCGGGUUCCGCAUCGAGUUGUGCGCCAAGGUGCUGAGCAUGGGGUCGCGCCUGGCCGAGACGGUGGGCGCGCGGACGGUGCUGGACCGCCCGACGCUGGACGCCUUUGCAGAGGCCAUGGCGGACGAGAGGUACCGGGGGAAGGACGCGAGGGUUGUGUAUAAGUGGCUGAAUGAGAGCGGGAGGGCGUGA